AUGCUUCGUAAUCGUCGAAACUCCAUUACUGCUCCCAAGAAGCCUUUAGCCCGCCACAAAAAUGCUGCUCAUGCCAGAACCCGGUUUACAAUAUUAGACAUAAUUCGCAUGGUAUGCGGGCUAAUUUUGAUUGGAUUUUUCGCAAAACAGUUGAUUCCCGGAAUUUUCGGUCGUUUUUGGUCCAGGGAGACCACCGGUGAAGGUCCGGGAAUCGUUCCCGCCUAUUGGAGGGAUUAUAAACUACCUUUGGAAUUUUCCCACAGGCAAUUGCGCGACUAUGAUGGGACAAGAUCAGAUACACCAAUUUUGCUAGCCAUUAAGGGGAAGGUUUACGAUGUAACGCGGAAAAGUGGACUAUACGGACCACGCGGUACAUAUCGCCAGUUUGCAGGCGCAGAUUGUUCACGAGCCUUUAGCUUCUCGCUCUGGAGCAUGCGUGGCCUGCGCGAAACAUGCAGUGAUGACCUUACGGGCCUUUCCACGGAGGCUCGGCAACGUGUGGAUGAAUGGGCUCGGUUUUUUCACGAGAGAUACCCAUGUGUGGGCGAAGUUAAGAAUUGA